ACAGGAGCUGUUACUGUCAGCGGCUGUCAACAGGAGACGGACUGGUCAAGAGCCGUUCUCCAGCACAGAGGGCAUUGGCGCGAUCAGCACAGGAGCCAGGGACACAGGCUGGCUGGCGCUCGGCUUAGCUCAGUACCAAACCGCUAAACAGCAAAAUCCUCUGGGGUGGGGUGGGGGAAAAGACGGUCUCAUUAUCCCGCUCGGCGCUGUGUCUGAGGCAGCUGGCCUGGCUGCACAUUAAUAGCUUACGCUGAGGAUUGGCGAUUGUUAACAGGGAGGAGAGCUUUAGCUGGAUCCAUGCUGGUAAAGGGCCACUGAGUCCCGCUGAGCCAGUGGAGGACGCAUCCUUUAGGGGGGACCUGCACUUUUUUCCCCUCCCGGUUACAUAUUUUCUUACAAGCCCAGGUUGCUUCCACAUUAGAAAGGACAUUCGUUAAGACCUGCCACCAUGGAUGAAUGGGACCUCCCGCAGUGGAAGAAGGAAGUAGACAGCCUGAAAUACCAACUGGCUUACAAGAGGGAGAUGUCUUCUAAAACAAUACCUGAGUUGAUGAAGUGGAUAGAAGAUAGCAUUCCAGAAGACCCAUUUCUGAAUCCAGAGCUGAUGAAAAGCAACCCUUGGGUGGAAAAAGGAAAAUGUACCAUACUCUAAUGUACCUAAAUCCAACUUCACUCCCAAGCGGCCGUGGCUGACAAAAUGGCUUCCUCCUGAGAUAUUCAAGUUUGCAUUAACUCUGAAUGUAAAUUUUUUUUAUUAGUUUCCUAAUAUGACUAACUGUACAAACACUAUCCUCAUCUUGUCUUAUUAUUUUUAUUAGUAGAAGCAAUUCUUUUUUAUACUGAAAAAGCACAUGCCAUAAGAGUAAAUUGGUAAGAGAUGCAAUGUAUUGGAGAAUGGCUGAUUAGCAGCAUCAGAAUGGGGACUUGAAAAGCAAUGUCAAACAACGGGCGGAAGCUCUCUCUUGAUUAAUCCUGUAGUUUUCAAUUAAGCUUGAGCUUAACUAUGCUUCUGUGAACC